AUGGCUGAGCAAAAAGAGAAAGUAGCGCCAGUGGCCAUCGAUAAAGAUAAGGAUAAGGAUACGGAAAACAAACCAAAGAGAGUGAUGGGACCAAUGUCAAACGAUCAAUACGGGAAACUUUAUAACACUGUAGUGGAACGAUAUGAUGAGGACACUGGAAGAGUAAGAGUCUAUCGUGGAACAGGAGAACUUAUCGAACGAAUUGUUACCAAGGAACAACACAAGGCCAUCAACUACAUUGCCACACAUCAUGUCAGUGGUGCAUAA